AGCAUGUGUUUAUCCUCAUUCGGGACCCUUUGGGCCUCUGGAUGAUCUUGGCACAGUCUUGCCGGACAGAUUCAGAGGCUAGGGAGUCGAUGGCUCCGGCUCAUCCGAUCUAUUUGAUCCUUCUGUUUCAAUUUGUUGUCUCCUCCAUCACAGUCGUGGAAGGGAACGCGGGGGUAAAUCAUGUGCCUUCGUUCCGCUCCAGCCCAGUUGAGGGUCCAGCCCAACAGGACAGCGAAGUCAGUUUGAGGGAAGCUUCAAAGAGAGUGCCAAUAUCCAGGAUGCCGUCGAUGGGUAGCUUCCCAGACUCGGAUAGUUAUGCUUUUAGCCACAAUGAAGAUCUCGGUUUCUCGAUUUUCCUUGAACGCAGAUGUAAGGUGGUCUACUUUAUCCGCCAUGCUGAGGCGUUCCACAACAUCGCCGAGAGAGAGCAUGAGCUGGGCUCUUUGUACUUGCAGGAGGAACAUUCGGGCUGGAAAUUCUGGGACGCAGGACUCACCCCCAAGGGUGUCGAACAGUGUGCGAAGUUGAGGAAGGAACUCAAGAGCAUGGCCCACCAACUUGAUUGCGAGGUCGUGGUUGUUUCUCCUCUGACGAGAACGCUGCAAACAGCGCGGCUCACGAUCGGCAGCGUCAAGUUCAUGGACAGCCCUCCUCCUUUCAUUGCAACGGAUCUCUGCAGAGAAAGGAUUACCAAUUGCCCUGCAGACAGCCGUCGGCGGUUAAGUGUGCUCAAAGAGGAAUUCCCCGAGGUGGAUUUCUCGCAGUGCAUUCAAAGCGAGCACGACUCGAUGUGGUUUGACCACAAAGAAGACAGCCAACUCUGCAAGGAACGUGGUAUUCGUUUCCUGAAAUGGCUAGCAAAGCGACCUGAAUCAAGAAUAGCUGUGGUGACUCACAGUGGUUUCUUGAAUCGCCUGUUCUCUCAGUUCGGACUGGGAAUCGCUCCCGACGACCAGGAGGAGCUCAGACGUCGCCCAGCAAACUGCGAGAUGCGAGGGUUGAUUUUAUGUGCCCAUCGACACUUUAGCGAUGUCCCCGGCACAGAAGGAUACGAAGAAACUCGAAUUUACUAA